UUCAAACACUAGAUAAUCUAUUCAUGUUUGUUAAAACUUUUGAUUCAAUCGGUGGUGUAACACAAUUUUACUUAACACAACACAAGUUUACUUAACAAUGAGUGACGUCAUACGUAGUCCAGUUUCCUUGACUACCAGCAAUGAGUUCAUACAAGGGCAAAAAGAAAGGCGCUUUAAAAAAGCGGCGGUAAAUCUAAAACUUCACAUUGCAAAAAACAAUUCUAUUUCAUCUGGAAAUACUUCUAGUUCUCCUGUGAGUGUUAAUCCUAUUACGUCAGAGCCAUUUAAUGCACUGGGUGAAUUACUACAAUGCGGAAUAUGCCUAGAAAGACUGUCUAGCCCUAGAAUGUUACCCUGUCAGCAUACAUUUUGCCUUAGCUGCCUUAAAACGCACGUUACAGCCAGAAAUCUAAAACUAGAAAUAGGAGGAAAACCAAACUCCCCAAAUAGCACCUCAAAGGGGAGUCCAAAAUUUACUGUAGAAUCCGAGAUAAAGUCGAUGGUAUGUCCUGUAUGCCAGAGAAACGUUAUUCUAGAAAAAGGAUUGGACUCGAUAGAACAACUUCCCAGAAACCUUUAUUUACAAUCCUUGUUAAAAGUUGUUGAGGGAAAUUCUGUACCUCAAACUCAAACAGAAACGUAUCGUUGCGUUAGUUGUCAAACCAUAUCCAAGCAACAAGAACAAGUUUGUCAACACUGCAUGCAGAUAUUUUGUAAUAUUUGUUGGAACGAGCAUUUAGCGGAACUAGAGUCGAAUUUAGAUUUGUUGAUAAAACAAUUGAACGAAUCAGAGGAUAAACUGCAGCACAAACUCGACAAUUUCGAAAAUAGAUGCGAUACCUUGCAAGAGAAAAUUAAAAAGGCCACCGUUAAAAAAAUAGAAGAAAUCAGAAGUAUCGAACAGCAAACACUCAAAGAAGUUGAAGGAAUUAAAAAAGAAGGUAAAGUAGCUUCAGACGUACUUUCAGAUGGAAUACAUAGUCUUAAAGAAGAUAUAAAGUCUAAGUCCAAAUCCAGAAAUAACACUCAAAAGGUUACGACUUACCUGAAUUUACACAAUCACACUUCCAAACUUCUUGAUCAAAUCAAUUAUUUCGGUGAGGCCCGAAUUAAUUUUGAUCCCGAGACUUUCAAAUUGGAACAAAUAUCGGAAGGUAUAUACAACGAUAUUGAGGAUGGUCAGCAACAUUUAUUCCAGAUCUCCGAUCCAUUGGAAAGUAUAGAAUCAAUGGCUAAACAUUACAAAUCUAGAUCGUUUUCGCCAAAAUUAUUAUGGAAUAAAUGUCCAAGGCCAGCUGGAUUAGGAAUUCCUCCUUGGGAUGAUUCUAAAUUGUUUAUAGCUGCGACAGAUAGCCAUGACGUUCUCGUAGUUGACAGGAACAAGUUCAAACUAGUAACUAGGAUUAGCACGCCUGAGAUGUCAUGUCCUGCUGGCAUUACAUUUUGUCCAAAACGCAAGGAAAUCUUUGUGUCUGACAAAUGGAAACAUUGCAUCCACGUUUUCUCUAAAUCUGGAGAAUAUCUGCGUAAUAUAGGAAAUCUCAGAUUGCAUGGUCCGGAUGGAAUAGCAAUGGGUCCAAAUGACGAACUGAUCAUAUGCGACUGUGGUAACGAUAGAGUCCUACUUGUAGAUCCCAGUACUGGUGAAAAAGUUGGAACUAUAGGUGUCCAAAACGGCGUAACCCAUCUUAAUUUUCCAACAAGCGUAGCUGUUUAUGGAGAUAAAAUAAUUAUUGCAGACUCGGGAAACAAUAGGGUAAAAACUUUUAAUGUCAAUGGGGAUCUUUUGCAAGAAUUUGGAUCGUUUGGAAAAAAUCCAGGGCAGUUUAGAUCAGCUGAAGUAGUAGCAGUAGAUAGCUUAGGUUUUGUUUUGGUUGGGGAUGCUGGAAAUGCUAGAAUUCAAGUUUUCAAGCCUGACGGUACAGUGGUAAAAAUUUUAGGAAGCAAGGGAGGCUUUGGAUGGGUGUCUGGAAUUCUAGUAACAUCCAGCCUAGAUAUAAUUGCUUCUGACGUCAAAACAAAAAGUUUAAGAAUAUUUUAAGGUUGCAUUUAUUAAAACACUAAUAAUAUUCAACAAA